AUGAACGGGAGGAAAGCGCACACGCCCGAGACACAUGCCCCGAUAAGCCCGAAUGUGGAGCAGGAUGUGGCACCAACUCCAACAACUGGGGACGGGAAGGAUAUCAUCGGGCAGUUGCUGGGCGACUUUGGCAUCUGGCAGCUGCGCUCUGUGCUGAUCAUAUUUCUGUGCAAGCUACCCGCUGCCUGGUUCAUGGCCCUAAUCAUUUUCACGGCGCCGGAACUGUAUCCGAAUGAGGAGUAUUGGUGUGACACGAGCGUCUAUGGCGGCAUGGAGAACACCAGCGUCUCGGCGGAUCAGUGCUAUGUGCUGGUCGCCUAUGGUGAGGCCAACUUUGCCAUGCGUCAGUGCCAGCAAUUCAACUAUGCCCACGGCUUUCGCUCGCUCAUCAUGGAAUUCGACUUGGUCUGCCUGUGUGAUAUCUUUGUGGCCUGGUCGCAGUAUUGGCAUCUGUUCGGCAUGUUUGUCGGCGGCGUUGUGGCCACCCGGCUGAUGCGUGUGCUCAGUCCACGUCGGGUCUACAUAGCCGGCAUUUGGGGCCUGCUCGGCUGCGGCACAGCCACCGGGCUGGUCAACGAUUUCAGUUUGCACUGCUCCUUUCGCUGCCUGUCCGCGAUCUGCUGCUGCUUCAUGAUGACAGCCGGGCAGGUUAUAUUUAGCGACAUUACGGCGGGCAAGUGGCGGCAGGGCGUGCUGCUGCUCUAUGACAGCUUCUGGUCCAUUGGCGUCAUCCUGCUGCCCGCCAUUGCUGCAUUUGCUCACAGCUGGCGACAGAUCUAUGUGGGCAUUACCUCGCUGCCAUUUGCCAUUGUGCUACUGCUGCCCUGGCUGCCGGACUCGCCGCGCUGGCUGCUGCAGCAUGCGGAGCCAACGGCUGCCGUCGAGCAUGUCCAGCAGCUGCUGCAGCACGCGGCACGCAUCAACGAACGCCGCCACCGGCUGACCAGGGAUCUCGGUCAGCAGCUGGAGCUGCUAAGCGAGCGGCUGCGCACUCAGCCCGCACCCGUACGCUGGCUGGAGCUCUGGCAUGGCCAUCCGCAGGCCAAGCUACAUAUGCUGGCCACGCACAUGGCACUGGCCACGUUUCUGAUCAGCCACAUGGGUCUGCUGCUGAAUAUACGCUCCUUUGGCCGUGACUACUUGACGCCCAAUACCAUGGUCAUAGGUCUAUCGGAGCUGCUUGGCUGCCUGCUGGCCGUCUACUUGUGCCUGAGGCACAACUCCCGCAAGUGGCAGUGGGCGGGUGGCUUCUGCAUUGUGGGCGGGGCCAUUGGCUGUCUGUGCUGGUUCUUCAAUGAUGUGCAGAUGCCCGAAGUCUAUGAGAUUAUCCUGUGGAUGUUCUUUGCCGCCCUGCCCAAGGCGGGCGUAUCCUGCGCCCAGUCCAUGCUCAUCGCCUGCAUGGGUGAAUCUCUGCCGCCGGAGAAACGUGGCCCCUUUGCCUUCUCGGUGGUCACCUGGGCGCGUGUCUGGCUGCUCUCUGCCUCGUUUCUCACGUUGCUCAAGCAGCUCAACAUUGCCCUCUCUCUGUCCACUUUCUGUGUGCUGGUUAUUCUGGGCGGCAUUUGCACUUGCUGCCUGAGCACGCCCCUCAAGGCAAGGCAGGAGCCGGAGCAGGAGCAGGAGCAGCAGCAGCACAAGGAAGCUGACUGCUACAGCACGCAUUUGUAA